GCUUUAGAGCGCGCCGGACCCGGGCCGUGAAGCCGGUGCUUCCGAGGAUCAGAAACGCGGGAGUUGGCGCGGCGCAGUCAUGGGGGGACACCUGAGCGAAGGGGCCAUUGCGGCCAUAAUGCAACACGAGAGACAUCCAUAAAACCCAUCCUCAAGUCAUUAACAUCCGUCCCAUCACUACAGGGAACAGUCCGCCCCGUUAUCGACUGCUUAUGAGUGAUGGGGUGAACACUCUAUCCUCUUUUAUGUUGGCAACACAGUUGAACACUCUUGUUGAAGAUGAACGAUUGUCUAGCAACUGUAUUUGCCAGAUUAACCGAUUUAUUGUUAACACGCUGAAAGAUGGCAGGAGAGUAGUUAUUUUGAUGGAGUUAGAGGUUUUGAAAUCAGCGGAAGCAGUUGGAGUAAAGAUUGGCAAUCCAGUGCCCUAUAAUGAAGGACACGGGCAACAGCAGGUAGUUCCUUCUCCAGCCUCAGCAACCAGUCCACCAACCAGCAAGCCCCAGCCACAGAAUGGGAGCUCGGGAAUGGGUUCCACUGUAUCUAAGGCUUUUGGUGCCUCGAAGAUAUUUGGGAAAACUGGAGGUACCAGCCUAGUGAACAGUUCCGGGGGAUCACAGGCCAAAGUGGUUCCCAUUGCCAGCCUCACCCCUUACCAAUCCAAGUGGACUAUUUGUGCUCGUGUUACCAACAAAAGUCAGAUCCGGACCUGGAGCAACUCCCGAGGGGAAGGGAAGCUGUUCUCCAUAGAACUAGUCGAUGAAAGUGGUGAAAUCAGAGCUACUGCUUUCAACGAGCAAGUGGACAAGUUCUUUCCCCUCCUUGACGUGAACAAGGUCUAUUAUUUCACUAAAGGCACUCUGAAGAUUGCCAACAAACAGUUCUCAGCAGUUAAAAACGACUAUGAGAUGACCUUCAAUAAUGAGACUUCUGUCAUGCCCUGCGAGGACGGACAUAAUUUACCUACAGUUCAGUUUGAUUUCACAAAGAUCGAUGACCUCGAGAGCAAACCCAAGGACUCCCUUAUCGACAUAAUUGGGAUCUGCAAGAGCUAUGAAGAUGCCAUUAAAAUCACAGUGAAGUCUAACAACCGAGAAGUUUCUAAGAGAAAUAUCUAUUUGAUGGACAUGUCAGGGAAAGUGGUGUCUGCUACUCUGUGGGGAGAAGAUGCUGAUAAGUUUGAUGGUUCUAGACAACCCGUGAUGGCUAUCAAAGGAGCCAGAGUCUCUGAUUUUGGUGGACGGAGCCUCUCUGUACUGUCUUCCAGCACCAUCAUUUUGAAUCCUGACAUCCCAGAGGCCUAUAAGCUUCGUGGAUGGUUUGACUCGGAAGGACAAGCCUUAGAUGGUGUUUCCAUCUCAGAUCUAAAGGGUGGAGGAUCAGCAGGAAGCAACACCAACUGGAAAACUUUGUAUGAGGUGAAAUCGGAGAACCUGGGCCACGGUGACAAGGCAGACUAUUUCAGCGCUGUGGCGACGGUGGUGUAUCUUCGCAAAGAGAACUCUAUGUAUCAGGCCUGCCCAACUCAGGAUUGCAAUAAGAAAGUGAUCGAUCAACAGAACGGAUUAUACCGCUGUGAGAAGUGUGACCGCGAAUUUCCCAAUUUCAAGUACCGCAUGAUCCUGUCGGUAAAUAUUGCCGAUUAUCAAGAGAAUCAGUGGGUCACUUGUUUCCAGGAGUCUGCAGAGGCUAUCCUCGGACAAAGCACUGCUUACCUUGGAGAGCUGAAGGAGAAGAAUGAGCAGGCGUUUGAGGAAAUUUUCCAGAAUGCCAACUUUCGAUCUUUUGUGUUCAAGAUCAGAGUCAAACUAGAGACCUACAAUGAUGAGUCUCGAAUUAAGGCCACUGUGAUGGACGCGAAGCCCGUGGACUACAGAGAAUACUGCAGAAGGCUGAUCAUGAACAUCAGGAGACAUGCAGCCAUGUGAGAAGAGCAGUGCUGAUUGGGCCGAAGUUUGGAAAUAAAGAGUCGAAAUGAAAUUGAUUUCUUCACACCCCCUGUGCGAUGAUUUCACAUUAGCUUCACAGUGGCUAGAGCCUCUUUAUGGUGGACUAAGCAAUUUCCUCUUUUAUGUGCAUCUCAAAACCCAUUGGUAGGCGAGGGAAAACAUGCUCAGAUGGCUGUGGUGUAACUGUCAGACCCAGGGGUCGGCUGGCGGGCAGUGUAGUACCAGCCACUCCCUCUCAGGCUUUUGUCCUUUUUAUUGAGACUUCAUUAUCUUCUAGCAGGAAUAUGUCACAUGUAAUUGACCCUAAUUCUGCAGACGGUGAAAUAAAUCGUAGAACUAGAGCUUCUGCUCCUCCAGCGGGGACACCUUCACAGCUGGGAGGUGAGCGCGAGGGGUGGUUGUGUGGAACCUGGGUGUUUAGUAAGCGCGUCUUCCCAGAAUUCAGAGGCCCUCCUUGCAGAGGUGCCACAUCGGCAAUGCCCGGAAUUAUUAAUCAAAGACCUAUCUCUAUAUCUGAAGAAUAUCCUUCCUUCAGGGCUUAAUAGACCAAGUCAGAUGGGUCUGAUGUUAAUCAAAAUUGUCUCUUCUGAGGAAGGCUGAUAAGCAUUGGCUUGCCGUCCCCUAGGGGCAUCCAGGCACCUAUAAAGCUUUGCUUUCGUUUUCACUUCAAUUAAUAUUGCAUUUCGGAGGGUGAACCCACACCUACGUGUACAUAUUUCUUGAGUUUGUGUUUCAUUUCUUGAUUAAAACUGUGUUAAAUAGGUGGUAUUUUGCCUUGCUUUAAUAAACUGUAUUCUUUGCUUGUGAA